AUGUCCUUAUACAUAAAAGAUUCUACUGGUGUGGACGAAUUAACCAUCACUGGUACUAGAGAACAACCAUUCAAGACUCCAGCUUUUGCCUUAUUUGCAAACAUCACUAACAAUGGUACUGAUGCUGCUGAACCAAAAUUAUUUGUUUUUAAAGAUGAAGAAAAUGAUUUUGUUGAAAUCACUGCCUCUGCUUUAAAGAAGGCUCGUAAAGGUGCUGAAGGUUUAAAGAAGAAAGCUAUUAAAGCUAAGGAACAAGAAGCUAAAUUAGAACAGCAAAAGUUAGAAAAUGCCGCCAAACAAAUGGCUGCUUUAAACAUUAAAAUUGAAGAAGACAAAUCUUUGCCAGAAGCAAAGAAAUACAAAAUUCUUAAGGCCUAUGGUGCUGUUGGUGAAAGAGUCAAAGUUUCUGGUUGGGUUCACAGAUUACGUUCUAACAAGAAAGUUGUUUUCAUCGUUCUUAGAGACGGUACUGGUUACUUACAAUGUGUGUUAACUGGUGACUUAGCAUUAGCCAAACAAACUUUAGAUUUAACUUUGGAAUCCACUGUCACUUUAUAUGGUACCAUUAUUAAUGUUCCAGAAGGUAAAACGGCACCAGGUAACGUUGAAUUGAACGUUGAUUACUACGAAGUGGUUGGUUUAGCACCAGCUGGUGAUGAAGCCUUCUCUAACAAGAUUGCUGAAGACACUGAUCCAUCUAUUUUAUUAGACCAACGUCAUUUAGCUUUAAGAGGUGAAACAUUAUCCAGUGUGAUGAAGGUUCGUGCUGCUUUCUUAAGAGCCAUCAGACGUGUUUAUGAGGAAGAAGGAUUAUUAGAAGUUACUCCACCAUGUAUGGUUCAGACCCAAGUUGAAGGUGGUUCUACUCUUUUCAAAUUGGACUACUAUGGUGAAGAAGCCUACUUGACUCAAAGUUCUCAAUUAUAUCUUGAAACAUGUUUACCAUCCCUAGGUGAUGUCUUCUGUAUCCAGGAAUCAUUCCGUGCUGAGAAAUCACACACUAGAAGACAUCUUUCUGAAUACACUCAUAUCGAGGCUGAAUUAGCUUUCUUAACCUUUGAAGAAUUAUUAGAUCACAUUGAAACAGUUAUUGUCAAUUCUGUGAAAUAUGUUUUGGAAGAUCCAGUUGCUGGACCAAUUGUUAAGCAAUUAAACCCAGAUUUUGUAGCUCCAGCCAAACCAUUCAUGAGAUUGGAAUAUAAGGAUGCCAUCACUUGGCUACAAGAACAUGACAUAAAGAACGAGGAUGGUGAAGAUUUCAAAUUUGGUGAUGAUAUUGCUGAAGCUGCCGAAAGAAAGAUGACAGACACGAUUGGUGUUCCAAUUCUUUUGACAAAGUUCCCAGUUGAAAUAAAGUCCUUCUACAUGCCUCGUUGCAAAGACGAUAACAGAGUUACUGAAUCUGUGGAUGUGUUAAUGCCAACUGUCGGUGAAAUUACUGGUGGGUCUAUGAGAAUCAACAGUACCGAUGAAUUAAUGGCUGGUUUUGAACGUGAAGGAAUUGAUCCAAAACCAUACUAUUGGUUUAUUGAUCAAAGAAAAUAUGGUACUUCUCCACACGGUGGUUAUGGUUUAGGUACUGAACGUAUUCUAGCUUGGUUAUGUAACAGAUUUACCGUUAGAGACUGUUCCUUAUACCCUCGUUUCAGUGGAAGAUGUAAACCAUAA